AUGACCGAUGUGGAAAGUUCAGACGAGUCGACUAAUACAGUUCACCUGAAGUAAAUAUAUUUAAUCACGGCGACAGUAUUUUUUAGAUAGUUCACCUUGUACCCCAACUAAUUUAUUUUUAUGUAGAACGUACGUAGGAUGGUAGACAAUUCGGAUGUUUAACUAAUUCAAAUGUUAGUAUUGGGUAUCGACGAUACCCAAUUAUAACCUUUUAACACCCUAUUUAUUUUUAAGCAGUAGCGAUUUUACUGGUUUCAGACUCCAAGUUUAGACUUUGAAUUAAUUUGACAUUGAAAAUUUAAAAAAAAAAAACGAAAAUAAUUUGUAAAUUAAUACGAAAUAUAAUACUUUUUUUACACACAUCAUGUAUAUAUUAUUUAUAAAAUACUAUAUGAUGCGUGAUAAUAUAUAAUAUUAUAUAUUUAUAAAGUUGGACAAACUGGAAAAAAACGGAAAAAUGUAAGUAAUAUUUUAAUAAAAUAUUAGUCUUUUUUAUCUGUGGCCAAUUUUUCUACUCGCAAUUUUGCCCCGAUUCACAAUGAUUGAAUGAAAGCACUUUUUCUAAAAGAUAAUCGGAUUGGGGAGGCACUUUAGCGAGGUCAUUUUUUGAUUUUCCUAGGAGUUUUCCCGAUAAAUGGGAUAAACGGGAAAAUAGGUACAAUAUUAAAGAAACUGUAUAAGACAUAUGUAAUUAUUUUACCAUAAUAUGGCAUAUAAUAAAUAUUGUUGACAAAGUAACAUAUACGUUAAAUUACCUAUAGCAGUGACUGCACUCGUCCCCAUUAUCCUAGGACAGCUUUUUUAUUUUGUGAAACAUACAUUAUACAUUAGAUUAUGUAAGUAAAACAAAAAUUAUUUUUUCUGGCAGUGAAAGUUUGAUAAUUUAAAUUAAAUUAAUGUAUGAUCAACGGGAAAAUAUUUGUUUAUGUUAAAUAUAUAGGUAAUAUCAAUAGACCCCCCCCCCCAGAAAAAUGUCCUAAAACCACCGCUGAUUUUAGGAUCGCCUACAAUAAAUAAAUGCAAUUUAUAAGAAAAAAAAACAAAUCAAAUAGUUUUACUGUUUCAAAUAUUAUUACACAGAAUCGAACAGAAUGCAAAUCAAACAAAUAAUACGAGGACAAAUGUUUUCGAUACUCUAGAAAAAGAAUUGUUGACGAGUGAUGUCGAUACGACUUUGACGAAUAAAAAUGAGUUGGGAAAUAAUGACAAUAACCCAACAAUAUCAUCGCAUCCUACGAGUGAAUCACAUCGCUAUGAUAAUAUACCACCGAUUCAUAAUUAUGAUCUGGUCGAAGAUUCGGCCAGAAAUCACUCCGUGGACAGUACGAUAGCCAAAUGCUCGUCGUUCGAAUCGCUUUUGGAAACAAAAGACCAUUUGUUUAAAGAACUUUCGACGAUUGAAGAGUCGAUGCUUAAUUAUUUUAAAAACCUCCGAACAAACUUUGAAAAAGAGUCCGCGACGCUCUCGAAACAGAUUCAGAUCCACCCGGAAUCCAUUAACGGUUGUAAAUAUGAUAUUAUGUCUUUUAAAUUACAAUCGUACCAAUAAAAAAAUACAAAGAUAUAUAGAAUAUUAUGUACCGCGUCAAUGACGUAAUUUAGGUAAAAAUAUCGAUCGCUGCCAUGACGACUCGUGUACAGCUGCACCGGUAACAUUUGAGUAUGCCGAAGAAACUGCAGCACUCGUAGGAGAUUAUGAAGGUGGUGACUGCAAUUGGUAUCAUAAUAAUUCGACCGACAACGAAGAGUUCACGACAGCGACCAAUGACAAGAACGGCGAAGACAAUUAUUGUGAUGAUGAAGAUUAUUACGGACGUUAUUGGGAAUUGUUUCCCGAUGACACGGAAAUGAGUGAUGGUACAUCGAUAUUAUACAAUCUUUUUAUAUAUAUACUUGCAUACACAAAAUAUACAUACACACAUACAUACAUAAAAUAACAUAUUUUUCUGACGAUAUUUGUUAUAACGUAGGCAUCUGUUAAGAAAGGAUUUUUGAAAAUUCAACCCCUAAGGGGGUAAAAUAGGGGUUUUUAGGUAUUUACGGUUCGAAAAUCUAAUUUUUUAUUUAUUUUGUUUUGUUUAUUCGCAUUUUACCUUGGUGACACGGAUUUUCACAUACAAGACAAUUAUUAUUAUUAUAUUGCUACUUUUAUUUAUUACAUUAUCUAGUUAUAGCAAAGCAUUGCUGGGUCAGCUAGUAAACAAUACAACUUACUGCAAGUCUAUUGCACCUCAUGAAUUUUUAAUAAUAAAAUCUGAAUAGUCAAAAUUAAAAAAUAUACAAAUCUCAGGGUUGUUUUAUGAUAUAAUUUAUAACGAAAGAUUGAAAAAAAAAUCAAAUUUGGUUAUAUCAUACGUUUCUUUUACCCUUUAUUUGAAAACGAAUGUCUAGAUUGUAGUAGGAUACCAGGUUCUUACCCAGGGGAUUCGAUUUCCAUUAUCGGUACCGGGAUAUAUUUUUCAUAUUGAGUAUUAAGGAUUUGAACAAAAACAACCAAGACGUAAAAAUUAAGAAUAAUAUUGUGGCUUAUAGGGAUGAGAUAUCUGAAAUCUAAUCGCAAUAAUCGUCACAAUGCGAUCGGAUCGACUAUUGAAAAACUACCCAAACAAAAUCAUCGACAAAAAAACGACCACUAUUACAAUUCCGUUGAUGGCGACCAACAAGAGUCUGCAGUAGAUGAAAAACUGUUAUGGAACCAAAACUGUUUGAGACCGUCAGACAACUCGCAAAGGCGAGACGAGGCGACUCGCAAAACUUGUAAGCGCAUUAUAAAAAAGUUGUCCUAGGAUAAUGGGGACGGGUGCAGUCACUGUUAUGAAUGAGAAGUUGAGAAGGUAUUAGAGUAAAAUUUUAAUGUAUAUCUGUAAGCAACGAUAAACCAUUGCUAACGAAAAAAACGAUUCUGAGCGGAGUUCGGUUACUGAUAGUGUUGCUUUGUAAACAAUGUCUAUGUCAUAUUAUGGUAUAAUAAUUACAUAUGCAUUAUAUAUUUUAUUUUAUUUUUAUUUAAUGUUGUACCUAUUUUUCCGUUUUCCCCAAUUUAACCAUGUUUUUCCUGGUUUUACCCAUUGGGAAAACUCUUGGGAAAAUCAAACAAUUAUCUCAUUAAAGGUUAAACAACCCCAGUCAGAUUUCCCUUCGGAAAAAGUGCUAUCAUUGAAAAUCGGAGCGAAAUCGUUGAUAGGAAAGUUGACCAUAGAAAAAAAAAACGAUUAAACAUCAUUGUAAAACCAUACGCUUCUUCGCUCCAUUCAGAAUCUAAAAUACAAAUAUCUUUUAUUUAAUCAAGCCAGUAAAGAAAACCGUUUAGUACCAUAUCUAGACUACUAGAAAAGUAAUAUAAGCAGAUACACAGGCAUUUAAAAUAAACUAGUAAAAUGUAAAAUAUAUACAUUACUAAUAAGUAUAAUAUUGAUAACUAUCAGCUAGAGAGACGAGAUAUCUGAAGGAGGUAGUAAACCGUGGUAAUAUCACGGAAAAUAGACCCUGCAGUAACGUUCAAAUAGAAAAUAAUAAAGACAGUUCCCAUUGGUUCUAUUCGCUGCUUGACGAAGAUAGCAGCCAAGAGUUGAUUGCCUAA